AAAGGUCCCGGUGACGGUGAUUGCCCACAGAGGCCGGUGACAGUCCUCGGCAAAGGGCCCGGUGACGGUGAUCGCCCAAAGGGGCUGGCAGCAGGCAUCUGCAAAGGUUCCGGUGACGGUGAUCGCCCACAGAGCCCGGUGGCGGUCAUCCGCAGAGGUCCCGGUGACGGUGAUCGCCCACAGAGCCCCGUGGUGGUCAUCCGCAGAGGUCCCGGUGACGGUGAUCGCCCACAGGAGCGGGCAUCUGCAAAUUCCCGGUGACGGUGAUCGCCCACAGGAGCGGGCACCAGCAAAUUCCCAGUGACAGUUAUCUCCCACAGGCCGGUGGUGGUCAUCCGCAGAGGGCCCGGUGACAGUGAUCGCCCACAGAGGCCGGUGGUGGUCAUCUGCAGAGGUCCCGGUGACGGUGAUCGCCCACAGGAGCAGGCAUCUGCAAAUUCCCAGUGACGGUGAUCGCCCACAGGAGCGGGCGUCUGCAAAUUCCCAGUGACAGUUAUCUCCCACGGGCCGGUGGUGGUCAUCUGCAGAGGGCCCGGUGACGGUGAUCGCCCACAGGAGCAGGCAUCUGCAAAUUCCCAGUGACGGUGAUCACCCACAGGAGUGGGCAUCUGCAAAUUCCCGGUGACAGUUAUCUCCCACGGGCCGGUGGUGGUCAUCUGCAGAGGGCCCGGUGACGGUGAUCGCCCACAGAGCCUGGUGGUGGUCAUCUUCAGAGGACCCAGUGACGGUGAUCGCCCACAGAGGCCGGUGGUGGUCAUCUGCAGAGGUCCCAGUGACGGUGAUCACCCACAGAGCCCGGUGGUCAUCAUCUGCAGAGGUCCCGGUGACGGUGAUCGCCCACAGAGGCCGGUGGUCAUCAUCUGCAAAUUCCCAGUGACAGUUAUCUCCCACAGGGGCCGGUGGUGGUCAUCCGCAGAGGGCCCGGUGACGGAGAUCGCCCACAGAGGCCGGUGGUGGUCAUCUUCAGAGGACCCGGUGACGGUGAUCGCCCACAGAGGCCGGUGGUGGUCACCUGCAAAUUCCCCGUGACAGUUAUCUCCCACAGGGGCCGGCGGUGGUCAUCCGCAGAGGGCCCGGUGACGGCGGUCGUGCCCAGGCCCCGGCGGGCCCCCGCGCCUGGUCACCUGGAGUCGGCGGCCCCCGCGGCCCCUUCCUCCCCCGGGGGGAGAUGAAGAAGUUCUUCGACUGUCGACGGGAGCAGGGAGGCUCCGGCUCCGGUGCCAGCGGAGGAGGAGGAGGAGGGGGUGGCGGAGGAGGAGGAGGGGGCGGCGGAGGAGGUGGCGGCGGUGGCUUCGUCGGACGGGUCUUCGCCGUCGGAAGGCACCAGGUCACCGUGGACGAGGUCCUGGCCGAAGGCGGCUUCGCCAUCGUGUUCCUGGCGCGGACCAGCAACGGGGUGAAGUGUGCCCUGAAGCGGAUGUUCGUCAACAACGACCACGACCUCCAGGUUUGCAAGAGGGAGAUCCAGAUCAUGAGGGAUCUGUCGGGGCACAAGAACAUCGUCGGCUACAUCGACUCCAGCAUCAACAGCGUGAGCAGCGGCGACGUUUGGGAGGUCCUCAUCCUCAUGGACUUCUGCCGCGGAGGCCAAGUGGUGAACCUGAUGAAUCAGCACCUGCAGACGGGCUUCACGGAGGCGGAGGUCCUGCACAUCUUCUGCGACACCUGUGAGGCCGUCGCCCGCCUCCAUCAGCGGAAGGUCCCCAUCAUCCACCGCGACCUGAAGGUGGAGAACAUUCUGCUGCACGAUCGGGGCCACUACGUCCUGUGCGACUUUGGCAGCGCCACCAACAAGUUCCAGAACCCGCAGGCCGAAGGCGUGAGCGCCGUGGAGGACGAUAUCAAAAAGUACACCACGCUUUCCUACCGAGCGCCCGAAAUGAUCAACCUCUACAGCGGCAAAGCCAUCACCACCAAGGCGGACAUUUGGGCCAUGGGCUGCUUGUUGUAUAAACUAUGCUACUUCACUCUGCCGUUCGGAGAGAGCCAGGUGGCCAUCUGCGACGGGAACUUCACCAUUCCCGAUAAUUCCCGGUAUUCCCAGGACAUGCAUGGCCUCAUAAGGUACAUGCUGGAGCCCGAUCCCGACAAGAGGCCGGAUAUUUAUCAAGUGUCCUACUUUUCCUUUAAGCUGGUCCGUAAAGAGUGCCCCGUUCCCAACGUCCAGAACUCUCCCCUGCCCGCCAAGCUGCCCGAGCCCGUGAAAGCCAGCGAGGCGGCUGCCAAGAAGACCCAGCCCAAGGCCCGCCUCACGGACCCGAUCCCCACGACGGAGACGUCCAUCGCCCCCCGCCAGAGACCGAAGGCGGGCCAGACGCAGCCCGGCGCGGGCAUCCUCCCCAUCCAGCCGGCCCUCACGCCGCGCAAGAGGCCGGUGGUGGUGCAGCCCCCCGCUCCGUCCGCAGGCCCCUCGGCCCUGGGAAUGGGUCAGCCCGGACUCCCGGCCGGCGCUCAGCCCCAAGCGCCUACCAAGCAGACGCCACCACCGCCGCCUGCCGCCGCCGCCGCCGCCUCCCACCCGCCGCCCGCCGCCCAGCCCCCGGCCCAAGGGACGCCCCAACGCCAACCUCAGCUCUUCCUCAAGCCGCAGCCGGGCCAGCAGUUCCAGGCCCUGCAGCCUCCGAUGGCGGCCUUCGCCGGCCCGCCUCAGGGAGCCACGCCGGCGCCGAUGCCCAACUUCUACCAGCCGCCGCCGCCGGGCCACCACCCCGCCCUGCAGCAGAAGCCCGCCGGGGCCGCCGGCCCCCCGAAACAGCAGCCCCAGGCCCAGCCGGCCGCCCCCCAAGAGCCAGCGGCUCCCGCCCGCCCGCCGCAGCCGGCCCAGGCCUCGGCCUCCCCGCCUCCCGGCCUCCAGGGCCCGAAGCUGGGCUCCCUCACGCCGCCGUCGUCGCCCAAGGCCCAGCGGGCCGGCCACCGCCGCAUCCUCAGCGACGUCACCCACAGCGCCGUCUUCGGGGUCCCGGCCAGCAAGUCCACCCAGCUGCUGCAGGCCGCCGCCGCCGAGGCCGGCCUCAACAAGUCCAAGUCGGCGACCACCACUCCUUCGGGUUCCCCGCGGACUUCCCAACAGAACGUCUACAACGCUCCCGACGUCUCCACCUGGAACCCCUUCGAUGACGACAAUUUCUCCAAACUCACCGCCGAGGAGCUUCUGAACAAGGACUUUGCCAAGCUGACCGACGGCCGACCCCCCGAGAAGCCGGCCGGCCCCAGCGAGACGCCCCCGCCGCCUCCGCCCACCCCUCAGCCCGACGCCUUCCGACCCGCCGCCGCCUUCCCUGCCGGGACGGCUGAAAAGACGAAAGAGGUCGUGGGCGUGGAUGCCGGCCCCCCGCUCCUGAACGUGUCGGCUCCUUUCAUUGCCGCCCCUCUGUCCGACGCUCCAGAAAAACUGAUCGAGUGUCUCAAAUCUCCCGAGACUUCGCUUCUUCUUCCCGAACUCUUGCCUCUGACAGAUCCCUUCAGUAGCUCCUCGGACGCUGCAAAUGGCAAAACGGAGGUGGUCGUGGACAGCCUCAUCCCAGGCCUGGAGCCCCCGAUGCCUCAGCGUCUCUUAUCUCAGACGGACUCCAUCACAUCAAACCGAACAGACUCUCUGAAGGGCGAAGACUCUCUGCUCGACUGCUCCCUGCUCUCCAACCCUGCCGCCGACCUCCUGGAAGAGUUCACUCCCAUGGCCGUCUCCGCCUCGGCUCACAAAGGUCUCCGGAGAGCGCCCGGCGUGGUCCGAGGAGCCGGCGGACGUGAGGGGAGCGGGCCCCCGGCCACUCCGGGCCCCCCGGGCGGCCCCGGGCCGUCGCCCCACCUCGAGGCGGACUUCCUGGCCCGUGGGGGCCCCUCCGGCCGCAGCUCCUUCCACAGCAGCGAGGAAGAAGGGCCCGACCCCGAAGGAGACGUGUUGGACUCCAGCGGGUCCCGCCCUUUGCUCAUGGACUCGGAGGAGGAGGAGGAGGAAGAGGAGGCGCCGACGACGGUUCGGGGGUCGUCCCCCGGGCCCGCCGCCAUCGCCACGGCGCCUUUCCGGCCGUCCGGGACGGCGGGCGGCCACGACGACGACGGAGACGUGUUCAGCCGAGCCCCGUUCUUGGGCCGCGGCGGGCGGGCCCGCGAGGCGGACGUGUUCCUGAGGGCCCCGUUCGCCAAGAGGGAGGGCCCGGAGGAGCCCCCCGGCCCGUCGGCUCCGUGGCCCCCCUCGGCCCCGUCCCCCGGGCCCCGACUGCCGGCGGGGGGCUUCCUCCAGACGGCCAGAAGCCCUCCCCGUUCGGGCCCGGAUGCCGGGGGUCCCGCGGCCGCCGCCAAGGCCUUCCGCCCGCAGGCCCUGGCCAAGUAUUCCCGGCACUACGGCCCCGAGGGCCCGGCCGGAGCCGGAGCCGGGCCGGUCCGCUCCCUCCCGCCCAGGACUACGGAGCCGGCCCCCGCCGACCCCUUCGCCUCGGCCCCCUUUCCGUCCAGAUCGGUCAGGCACAGACCGUAAGCGCGUCCGCCCCGGCCUCGGGCCUCCUCCCCCGGGGAAACGGUCGGGUGGACGAGGCGGGGGGCGGACGGGCCGGCCGCGAAACCCGGCCCCUUCCCCGGCUGCUCUUCGAAGCCGGACGCAUGGCUCGCUGCAUGGAAUCGUACCCGAGGGGCUACCGAGGAAUGAACUGGGGCUACCGAGGGGCUUCCAGGGGUAAGUCGUGAGGAAAACGGGCUACCGACCGGGAAUAAGGCUCUUCUUGAGCAGAAGAGCGUCUGGCGAAGGUUUCAGAGCCGGCCACCAAUCAAUCAAUCA